ACCGGCUGGUAUUACUGGCCCCACCAGUGUUACCCUUGCCUCGGCUUCGCUGUCAGCCUCCUCUUCGCUCUCUCCUUCCUCCCUGUCAGAAGAUCAUCAUAAUCACUCUCAAACAGCCAACGGGAAGUUGUCAAGUGAUCUGAACUCAAGCCUCUUGAGUUCGCCAAUUCGAGGCAAAUCUGGUUUUCAGGUUGCUGAGGCAAGUCGUGUGUCCACCUCGCCACCGGCGUCCGUCGCCUUCGAGGAGGGCCUGGGCGAGCGGGACGGUGGGACAUCAAGCAGCGGUGAUACAAUCAGCCAAACCGGGCUCAGUUUGGUGCGGCCGAGUCGGAGCCUACGAGUUGGCAGAGCAAGCAGCAGAGGAGCAGCCGAAGAAGGCGACGAAGUUGAGGAAGGUGAGGAGGAUGGCGAAGACGAGGACGAUGAAGAGGAGGAAGAUGAUGAGGAGGACGAAGAGGAGGCGGUAAGACGACGAAGACCGAAUUCCAGCGGAUUCCCGGUGUCGGGCCUAGAUCUACCCGCCUCGGACACAAUCGGAUUUCCCAGUUUUUUGCUCGCUUCCAGCCCUGGCAACCGUUGCCAUGCCAAACAGUUCGACUACUUGCUUGCAGCGAACGCUGCUGCUGCGGCCGCACUGGUCAACCAACUGGGCGGAGCCGGAGGACCUUCAGUGGGAACUGCCGCCUGCUCUACCGGGGGCCCUUUUGGCCUAGGGCCGCCAUUUGAGGCUGCGAUACCUGAUGGAUCGGCAGUCUACUUCGCCCACUCCUCGGCGCAGCCUACUCUUCUGCCUCCUCCUCUACAACCUCCACAUCAUCAUCAACAUCAACACCAGCAGCCCUCCAUGCCGCUUCAUUCGCUUUCGCCAUCGGGCCAGCAUUUGCUUCCCACGUUAGUCUAUGCCCAGCCGCAAUUCACGAUGACCGAGCCGAGUCCGACGGGCUGUCACAUCUCUUGUCUAGCCAGUAGAGACGAGUCAGAACGGCGUCCUUCUGCAGGCGACGAGGGGGCCGAGGUAGGAAAAAGUGGCAAGAAGUGCAAGCCCGACACUCCAAGUUCAACAGGGCCAGGCUAUGCCGGGUCAGGCAGGUCGUUCUGUGAGAACACCUUUCUCGACCACCUCCCGAUAACCGGGUACAAUAUGGAGAUGUCUGGUAGUCUGCCUGUCAAGUCCGGUCCAAUUCUGCUUGCUGCUCCAGAGAUCAGUUUGCUCGGUCAAUCCGCCAGUAACUCGUCUUCUGCCUACUCCAGCAUCGGCACCAGAAACGACUGCUCUGCUACAUCGACCGUCAGGCCCCAAUUAGACGCCACCAGUCUUUUGCCACUGCAACACGCCUCAGUCUCAGCCUCA